AUGGCAAAUUGUACACUCUACAACAACCCAACCACACAAACCGUCCACGGCCCUCCUACAUUCGGUCUCAACACCAAAGCCUGUGCCGUCGGCGUCUAUGAGAAUAAUACGCAGGUCCUGCAAACGUGUGCGGGGAACAAAACGGUGGGGUUGUUUGAUGGGGGGUGUUUUGCUUAUGUUAAUCUGACAUCUGUCAACGAUCCUCAAAUCCCAGAUUGUCUGGCCGCGGCAGGCGUUCCGUAUGCGUGUGAAGCGUUGACGCCGGGUCAGACUACGCCGGUUAGUUUGGUACCGACGGCGACGAGGACGGCGGCGGUGACGCCUACGAGUACGCCUGGGGCGGCGGCGAAGGGGGGAGUUUCGAAGGUUGGUUUGGUGGUUGGGGUUUUGGUGGGUGUUGGUGCUGUUUUUGGGUUGGGAUGCUGA